AUGUUGUGGCUCGAAUUUGUUGUACCGAAUCCACCUAGCACCAAAAAGAUCUUCAUAGAAUUGAACCACCCACUGGUUGGGGCCACCACCAGUUGUGGGGUCAAGUUUGUGAUGGUUAUUGAAGCCUCAUACUUGACCUCAACAUUCUUGCGGCUUUUCGUACUCGCCUUUUUCUUCUCCUUCCUAGUGUUUUUGUUCCUCUUUGUUAUCCUUCUUCACAUUGUCGAAUACAAAAACACCACUUUGACUGUUUUCCUGGCACCCCAAAGGAUAUCACCUCCGGCAGCUCCCCCAAAAUCUAACAUCACCUCUACUGAACAAGAAUAUCGCCUACGAUAUGAAGGAAUGUUGAAUACAGCCAGCGAAGUCCGCUAUUUCCAUAACUUCCGAGGCACAAUAGUGAGGCUCGUUAGCUGGCAUACUUCACCAUAUGUGAGUUUAGAUUUUGGGGGAGCCGUCGAAGGUGAUAUCCUGUACAUUAUUAAGCCACUAGAUUAUUACAAUGUGAGAGAUAUUUUACUUCAUACAUUGAAGAAGAAGGAUAACGAAGUGGAACAUAAACACCAGGAUGAGGAGAAGAAAAUGGAGAGUACGAAAAGCCGCAUGAAUGUUAAGGUUGAGCAUGAAGCUUCAGUUGAUUCGGUACAACAAAUUCGAGCCACAACAUUUGUGUGCGCUGAAGUGGAGGUUGGAUCAUACAAAUUCAUCAUCACAAACAAGAACUAUCAGCCUGACCAUUCUGGAGUAUCCGGGACUCCGUUUUACGAUCCUGGGAAAGAGAUCAUUCUAGGACUGACUGUGGUCCCCAUCUUACUGCCCACGCGCCGCCACACGCGCUGGCAGCGCGUGGUGCCUAAAGCGAUAACGCUUCGCCGGAAAAAUCUCAACAUCUCGGCUCAAGACUCCUAUCCUAGGGCUCGAGAAAUAGAUGAGUUUCCAUACCUGGAUCACCGGAAAUGGUGGCCGGAUGACGGAGAACGAGCCGGCGAAAGUUUACAAAAAAACUGUCGAACACCGCCUGUUUCGCGGCUGUUUCCGGCGACUAUGGCGGCAAAUAGAGGCGUCCAAGGGCUGAAGUUGGAAGAGGGAUGUUUGGUGGUUCGUCUGGCACUGGUCUUGCCUGAAUCGGAGGUCGGAGCUGAGAGAAAACAGCUCCCAAAGUCGGCUCGUCCUCUCUGCCGAAACCCAGAAAAAUCUGGGUUUAUAAAAUCUGAACUUCGAAAUAUUUACGGUUAUGCCACUGAACUUCUUUUGAUCGUAACUCCUUCGUUACAAUUCCGAUUUGAGUCCACUACAAGUCUACGAACUCGUUUCGUCGCGCUCUACGCAACGGUACAACUAAAAUCCCCAAAUUCCUUCCCGAUCAAAAACCGAGCUGCUGAAUUCCCAAAUAUGACCGAAUCGGUCCUUGAUCUUCCCAACGAGCACGCCGGGACGGCACGUUUCCUCGGCUAUGUUUUCCACAAUUUUGCAUCCGUUAACUCAGUCUUCUCCAUUAAAGCUUUCAGGUUCGAGACGGAUACAGGAAUUUUCCUUCCAGAAUACCAUUCGCAAGAUUCAGCGAACGACACCGUAUUACUAAAGGAACCGAGCGCCGGUUUUGCAGUUUCUAGUACGUUCGCGGCGAAUGCAACAGAGAUUAUCAAGUCCUUUGCGCCAUCAGUCUAUGGCCAUGAGGACAUAAAGACUGCAAUAGCUCUUGCCAUGUAUGUUAAAAAGACUGGGCAGAGAGCUGUGUAUACGACUGGUAAAGGAGCAGCUGAUGUGCACAAGGAUCCUGUUACAAGGGAGUGGAACCUUGAAGGACGAGCUCUUGUUGUUGCUGACAAGGGAAUAUGCCUUAUUGAUGAAUUUGACAAAAUGAAUUAUCAGGAUAUUUAUGACAAUGCUAUCAGGGUGGGUAUUCAUGAAGCAAUGGAGCAACAAAGUAUUAGCAUAUCAAAUCAAGAGCUGGGAUUGUCAUUUCUCUCCAAGCAUGCUGCUCUGUCAUUGCAGCUGCAAACCCUGUUGGGGGAAGGUAUGCUGGAGGAUAAUUUGAAGACUUUUUCUGGCUUAGAGGUUGGAGGUCUUUGGAUGGCCAAAGAAAGUGGCCCAAGGAAAUUGGAGGCUAAAGUAGCAAGCUGCGAUCUGGAGCUGAGGUCUCUCGCACUAGGGGCUAGUCAACAAAGGGAGCUUGGCCUUCGUGGCAGAGAAAGAAAAUUAUGUGCCAUGUUACAAUGUUUCAGCAGGUUUAAAGAUGGGGAGGAGUUUGAUUGGCAUUGUGAAGUAUCAAGAAACAGAGAACGGUGUCCAGUUCGCCCUCCUAAGGACUAUAAGAUUCCCCGGAGGUGGCCAGCUGGUAGGGAUGUGACAUUGAGUGGAAACGUGAAGAUAACCAAAGACCAAUUUCUUUCGUCUGGGAGCAUGACCAAAAGGUUGAUGUUACUAGAAGAAAAUCAAAUUGCCUUUCACUCUGAGGAUGGUUUGAUUUUUGAUGUUGUCGAGGAUUAUUCUCUUCAAAUUGCGAAGAUGCUAGGUUUAAAUGAUGAUUCUCAAUUUCUUCAAGCCGGUGUGCAGACUGUACUAGAUAUUGGUUGCGGUUUUGGUAGCUUUGGAGCUCAUUUAGUAUCACUAAAUGUAAUGGCUAUUUGUAUCGCGGCAUAUGAGGCAACUGGCAGUCAAGUUCAAUUGACCCUUGCGAGAGGUCUUCCAGCAAUGAUUCGCAAUUUCAUUACAAGACAGCUUCCAUUUCCAACAUUGUCUUUUUUGAAAUGGUUCAUUGCUCAAUGUGGUAUUGUUUGGGACAAAAAAGAUUGGAUGUUGCUUUUAGAAGUUGACCGGGUACUCAAGCCUGGUGGCUACUUUGUUUUGACCUCAUCCACAAGCCAGCCAUAUGGAAGUUCUUUGAGCAUGAAGAAUAGCAUGUUGACACCAAUGGAGGAAUUGACCCCAAAAAUCUGUUGGAAUUUAAAAGCUCAGCAAUAUGAAACUUUCAUAUGGCAGAAAACUGUGGUUUCUGAUUGCUAUACAUCUUGCAAGCAGGGUGCUAUACCACUUUGUAAUGAAGGGCAUGAGUUCGGAGUUCAGCCUGACUAUUUCUUUGAGGACUUACAGAUUUGGAGAUCAGCUCUGAAAAACUAUUGGUCUUUGCUUACACCCUUGAUUUUCUCUGACCAUCUGAAGAGACCAGGUGAUGAAGACCCAUUAUCUCCAUUAAACAUGAUACGCAAUGUGAUGGAUAUGAGUGCUCACUAUGGGGGUUUAAAUGCUGCUUUUCUGGAGGAAAGAAAAUCAGUUUGGGUGAUGAAUGUCGUGGCUGUCAAUGCUCCCUAUACACUUCCUCUCAUACUAGAUCAAGGUUUUGCUGGUGUUUUGCAUGACUGGUGUGAACCGUUCCCUACAUAUCCUGGAACCUAUGAUUUGCUGCAUGCGAAUGGGCUGCUCUCACAUCUGUCUUCAGAGAGGUGCGGCAUGAUGGAUUUAUUCUUGGGGAUGGAUCGGAUUCUGCAACCUGAGGGAUGGGUUUUCUCUGUGAUAAAGUGGGAGCUAUUGAGAUGGCAUGUGUGUUUGCUACACAAAUGCUUUGGGAAGCAAGGGUGA